ACAGAAAAAAAUAAUAGAAAAAAAGUUGCAAUUCUGUAGUACAGCAUCUUCACGUUUUUAUUCUGUGCUUCCUAUAUUCAAGGGAUUUCCUAGCAAGAAUAGAAACAUCUGCAAUAGCAGCUCCUAUUUAUGUUAAUCUUUUCCAAUCAGCAUGCAGCCUGAAAUAAUUACAAUAAAUGCACUGUCUGCUUCAAACACUCACAACUUCCAUUUAUUUCAGGCUUCUUUGCUUCGCAAGUCUGAGAACAUAAUCCUUCAUUCUGCUCUGCUUCUUCUCCUUUGCAUGAAUUUAUCCAACAGUAUCUUUUGUGAGCUUCAUUAACAAUGGUCAUGCCAUGAUAAAUUACAUAAAUUGAGAAGUUUUUAAUUAACUAAGUUAACAAAGCAACCCCACACAGCAUAAUAAAUUUAAUUAGGUAACAUUUUCCUGUAAUAAGUUUACACACGAGGUGUGUAAUGAAGUAGACCAGAGUAAAAUCUGUAAUCGGAAGGUUUUUAGAUUUUAUAGCUGCACAAAUAAUUUCUUUUUAAAAAAGGUAUUUUUGAAAGAUCAUGUGCUAAACAUACCUUGUUGUGCUAAGGAUUAUGCAAACUUGGCAGAAAAACAAUAGUUACUGACAAAGACAUGACUAAGAGCAUGUUUGAACAGAAGAAGACAUCUUCCAGUCUUUCCCCCUCUGCUUCUGCCAGAGCUGCUCCCCAAGUCAGGGUCAUUUUCUCCAGCUUGGCAGUGGUGCUUUGGCUCUGGUUGGUGGUUUUUUUUUUGGUUCUGGGCAGAAUUUACGGGUGUUUUUGGUCAAAUUGUCUAAUGUAUGUUGUAUAAAGAGCACAUUCAGAGCAGAGUCUCCUUGCUGGUGCUGUGUGCUUUUAGCUGGGCUGCUUGCCCAGGUAUGUGGGAAGGAAAAGAAAGAUCAGUCUUGGCUCAUGUGUGGAGUGCUGUGGAGUGACUUCUCAGGUGUCCUCUGCAGCUAACAGCAUCUGUCUUUGCUUUUUUUUUUCCCUAAACUUGCAUCCAAAAAUAUUAAGAUUGUUAUCCCCUGCCUCCUACCCUCCUACACAGCCCAGCCAGGCUGCUUUUGCUUGGGCAAUGCUCCCAUCUAAGGAAUUUGGUUCAAAAAUAAGAACUUUGCUUUUCCUUUAUGUCCAGGACAGCUUUGUGACAGUAAAUGGUACUCUGAUUUUUGAUGGCGAGACAAGGAAGCAAUUAAACAAAAAACAGUGGGAUAGGACACAGAAAGGAAAUCUUUAUUUUAUCAAUAUUGGUUUGCAUUUCUCCAAGACUCUCUGCAGUCACAGAGAGCAGUGCAAAGGGAGUAUGUGGGUACAUUACAUUUACUGUUUUGGUUUGGUGAUGCAUAAAGUCAGAGUAAGGUUUUGUAAUUGUCUUUCACAAGUGCAAAUGAGUGUGUAUUGAAGGCUGUGAAAAAGUUAUUAGUAUUUAUUAUCUCUGUGAAGUGUCCUUUUUAUAUUUUAAUUUAGGGAUGAUUUAGAGUGGCAAGUUUGAUGUCAGCAACAUAUACAGUUUGGGGUGGAUCUCUGGUUUUUGGAGCCCACUCACAUUGUUUAUCAUCAAACUCUGAAACCAGGGAAUGGGACUUUUGGACAUUCUGUGAAAAAUACAUAGCACUACAUCAUCUGAUUUGUGUGUGCAUGUAAUUAUUCCGCUAUCUGCAAGAGCAGUGUAGUAUUUAACCAGGUGAGGUCUGUUGUGAAGAUGGAAUGGCACCUUACCUGAACUGGUAUAUAACUCCUAAGAAAGGUCAUAAAAUUGUGUGAGGUAGAUCUCUUGCAGUUUUCUGACUCACAGACUACAGUUAAUUGUCCAUCAGAAGGCAUUAUAAAGCAUACCAGCGUGUGUAUACAUCCUGUCUCUCUCUGUUCCUGCCUUUUUACAAUCAAGACUGAAGCAGCUGUAAUUUUAGAGAAGGUAGGAGGGCAUAAAGUUUAUGUAGCAGAAGCACAUCCAUUUUACAGAAAAUGUCCCACUUAAGUUUUAGGGUUCUACCUGAACAGUUUGAACAGUUGCCAGACACACUCCCAAGCUUGUAGGGUAUUGCACAGAAAUCAUGACUGUACUCCUUUGCAGAAUUCGAGAUAACCUGCAGCACGCAUGGUAGUCUGGUGACAAAGAGGGACACACAGAUCUGGAGAGCAAAACAAAGUGAAAGAGUGGAUAGGAACCAAAAGUAGGGAGGGAAAUUAGUGAAGAAAAUACAGGAAUUAAAAUACAAAGUGUUGGCUGAGAAAAGCAGCUCACCAGCAGUCACUCGCUAGGGUGAGAACGUUGUAUGUUCAAAAAGAGAUUCAAGCAGACCUUCCCUGGAGAUUUGUGAAUUUUCCAGGUGAAGGACCUUGGGAUGAGCAAGAAGACACUUUGCCUCCUAAAGUGUUAUAAGUUAGGUAGCUGAGGCAGAGGAAUUUUCUAAUAGUAUCUGGAAAAGCAGAUCUUAGAAAUUAAGGUCUUGAUGACAGGAGUAUGUCUAAUUAAUGCAUAAUGUAUUUUUGGAAUUACACAAUGUGUCAUAAGCCAAUUUUGUUCCAGUGGAAAUGUGACAUCUUCUCCCUUGUGAGUGAGGUUUCCAAAGGGCUGAAAAGCCAGGGAAAAUGGAAAGCAAAAAGUGAAAUUGUCAGGUGGAGAAGAAGAGCAUCGCCUGUGGUAUUUAAAUUGUAUAAAUUGGUGUUGAUGUAUCCUGCUCCUCAUCCCCUUCUGAUAGCUCUGUGUGUUUCGACUGCUACACUGACUGUUUUUCAUUUUCAGUCUGUUUCAGGACAGUAAAUUUUACCUUGACCUGUGAAGCCAGUCAUAUCCUUUUACACAGCAGUGACUUCCCAGGAAGCCGUAACAUGGAUCUGUACUGUUGCCAUGAAAUACAUGCUGUGCCUCUCAGCAGAUCUGUUUCUUAACUCACAAAAAUGUGUGCAAUAGGAUUUUACUGGGCUGCUGAAAACAUUUGAGCUGCAGUUUUACAUACUGUAUUCUUGUUCCUUCUGCUUUCAGGAUCUGGACUGUUUAGAAAGGAAAUGUAGAGUUAACAUUUGCAAUCUGAUGUGGUCUUCCUUUUCAGAAAAAAUACUCUUUCUGGCAUUCAUGUUGGGAGAGAGGAGCCAUCCUUUCCAAGACUUUCAGUAGAGGCAUGCUUCUAAGAAGCGUCUUGACCAUGAGGAAGCCCAUGUGCUAGGAACCAGUUUUUACUAAUCCCGCCGAAGAAAAUGAAGCCACGUUUCAGCUUUGCCGAUCCUUUUCCCACCCUGUCGGCUGAAUGAGAAAUGGUCGUGUGAUUAUGCUGACAGCCCAGCAUGCAUUUGGUAGACCUGUGGUUAACUCGUUCCCUCUCCAUGUGUCUGCUCUUACAAAGUUUUGUCCUCAUGAUACUGUGCUUUCAUUCUGCCAGUAUGUGCCCAAAAGGCUGCCUCUGUUCCCACUCCGGAGGUCUGAACGUCAGCUGUAGCAAUGCAAACCUCAAGGAGAUACCCAGAGAUCUUCCGCCAGAAACAGUCUUACUUUAUUUGGACUCGAAUCAGAUAACAUCUAUACCCAACGAAAUUUUUAAGGACUUGCACCAAUUGAGAGUCCUCAAUUUAUCAAAAAAUGGGAUUGAGUUUAUUGAUGAACAUGCCUUUAAAGGGGUGGCAGAAACCUUGCAGACUCUGGAUUUGUCCGACAACCGGAUUAAAAGCGUGCACAAAAACGCUUUCAACAACCUGAAGGCCAGGGCCAGAAUUGCCAACAACCCCUGGCACUGUGACUGCACGCUGCAGCAGGUGCUGCGGAGCAUGGCCUCCAACCACGAGACGGCCAACAACGUCAUCUGCAAGACCUCUGUGCUGGAUGAGCAUGCAGGGAGACCCUUCCUCAAUGCUGCCAACGACGCCGACCUCUGCAACCUCCCUAAAAAGACUACUGACUACGCCAUGCUGGUCACCAUGUUUGGCUGGUUCACCAUGGUGAUCUCCUACGUGGUUUACUACGUCCGACAGAACCAGGAGGAUGCAAGGAGGCACCUUGAGUACUUGAAAUCCCUGCCAAGCAGGCAAAAGAAACCAGACGAAGCUGAUGACAUUAGCACUGUGGUAUAGUAUUCUGAAUACAAUGACUGCCUUUGUGAUGGAAACUAGAGUUGGAAGACGCUAAAACCAGAGGUUUACUUCUAACCGUUCAUUGUAAACAUUAAGACUUUUGGGGCUUUUUUUUCCUGUUUAACUGAAUUACACCACUGUUGCGCUUUCUAACAGAAAGUUUUGUCCAGGUGGUAAACUUCAAUUAUUUCUCUGGUGGUAUCCUAAAACAAGUGAAUUAAUAUGUAAACAUUAGUUUAGACCCAUUCCACUAUUUAAUAACGAAAUUUAUUUUUUUAAUUUAAAAACCAAAUAAAAGCUUAAAUUUGAACCAUGUAAAGCAGAGUAAUUUAUUGAUCAGAAACUUGACCUGUGAGGUAGAAGGUGAGGGUGAUAAUGAAGUGGGCUGUGAGAGGUCCAGGACUGGAAAGUCCCCAAAGGGCACAUCUCACCUAUGGGUGCAAGGUGAGCAGCUGGUGAAUGGUGGCCCAUUUUGUGGGCUGUCUGCCAUGGUGGGAACAGGGCACAGUGUGGGCAGAGCAGAGUGCCCUGACUCUGAGUGUAAGGGACUGAUGCUUGCUUAACCUCUCGGAGGGCAUUUCAGCAGUGCUGGGGAGGAGGCAACCUCGAGGAGCUGCACCUCAGGACGUCAAAGAGAGGUAAGCCAGGAGGGAUAUGUGGUGGUCUUCAACUUACACCCACUUACUGCCUUGCAUGAGCUUCAGGCAGGUGACCUCAGCACUGAGGAGUACAGCAAGAAGGCAGCAGCAAGCUUAGUAUGCUGGUCAAACUAGAGUAUCACUAGUGAUAAUUUUUAAAAAAAUAUGGUGGGUUUAAGCUGUAUAUUGUUUCAUAAGUAAAUGUGAUUUCUAUUUUUUAGGGAGCAGCCUUUUAAAAAAUUGAAAGAAAUAAAUGAAUAUAUAGGCUAGGCAUAUUCUCUUGUGUGUUAGGAUAUAUGUAUGUUCUUGUAUGAUUUUGUGGCUAAACGUUUGGGAAAAUAGAAAGUCCACAUGAAGUUAAACUCAGCCUUGCAUAUGAAAUGGAUAUUUUAAAUCUCUGCUGUCUUUAAAAACACAGUGUUUUUCUCUUUUCAUAGGUAAAAUUUUCAAAGAGAACAAAUCCACAAGAACGUAUUCCUCUUGUCCUUUAUUACCAUAAUAAAAUGAUGCUUGUCUCUGGGUCCCUAUAGAUCCAGUCUAACUGACAUUGGAAUAUGUAUUACAGAAGGGUGGAUUAAAAAUGUAUAAAACACUGCUUUGCAAGAGAAAGUGUUAAAGGUCAGCCUUAAAAGAAUAGUAAAAACCCUCCAGAGUAAUCUCUCCGAUUAGUUUAUCUAUUACUUCUGUUGUGGUUCUGUUAUGAGGGCAGAAGCUUGUUUAUCUUAGUUUUUUUCAGAACACUGUUAAAAUAAUAGCUAAAACUUGUUUCAAAGCAAAUAACAGAAGAGGAAAAAAAAUUAAAUGGACAUAGAGUCAA